GGCGGCUCGAGGUGAAAUUUUCAGCUGACAACAAAAGCGUGUCUUUUCUUGGCGAUGUGAAGGAUCAAGCGACGAUAUUGUGGCAAAAAGAAAAGAAAUGGAAGACGAGGAAAAACCWCGYAGCGAUGAUGUUAACAUYGAAGAAGCYGAGAGAAAAGUCCAAGAGCUGUACAACUUUAGAGAUACAUAUUUUGAGACUCAUGGCAUUGAACAAGCCUGUGACAAAAACAGUUUAGUUGAAGAAAAGAUGAAAGAAAUCCUUAGUAUUCUUGAUUACAUUCAUGCUUCUGCUGAAGAUACAGCGAGGUGCCUUUACCUUCGAGGCAAAGCACUGAACAUUAAGCCUGAGUUUGACCAAGCUGCUCAAGAUGCACUCUCUAAAGCUGUCAAGCUGGUUCCCAAAAUGGUAGAAGCAUGGAAUGCCUUGGGGGAAUGUUACUGGAAGAAAGGAGACAUGGCUGCAGCUAAGAACUGCUUUAGUGGUGCACUCAGCCAUUCCAGAAACAAAGACUCACUCAGAAAUCUCUCAAUGGUCCUUCGUCAGYUAGGUGGAGAUAUAUCUGAAAAAGGUGAAAACAUCCAGCGCAGCGUUUCAAUGGCCAAAGAAGCUGUCUCUCURGACAUAUCUGACGGAAUGUCAUGGUAUAUCCUUGGCAAUGCUUACCUAUCACAGUUCUUUAAUGGCACACAGUCUCCACAAGUUUUGAAGCAGUGCAUGUCGGCAUACAGUCAGGCAGAAAAUGAUCCAAGAACAGCCAGCAAUCCAGAUCUUCACUUUAACAGGGCAAUGGCCUACAAGUAUCAAGAAGAAUAUGGCAAAUGCAUUCAAGAUCUAAAGAAAGCAGUCAUGUUUGACCCAGGAUUCACUGAGUGCAAUGAGCAGAAAAAUAAGUUGCUGCGCUACCUUAUGCAUACAUUAGAACUGGUCAGAGGAAAGGGGAAACUGAAACCAAAGAGACUGCAGUCACUUGUACAAUCACAAGGAGAAUCCGAGCUUGGACCUUACGCUGGAGGUUGUUACACAAGCCCAAAGGGUGUGUCAGUCAAGCUAGAACAGGUGUCUGUUUCGCAGUUAGUGGGUGGAAUUAAUGAUGGAAAGGUCGUUUUAGGUCGUAUGGUUGGUUCUGUACCUAUGGACGACCCUCUGCCUUAUACGUUUGCCAUGGUUGAUAGUCAAGGUAUAUGUUUACCCGUGACAGUGUACAACAUGAACAUGACAUCAGGAUUCAUGGUGGGUGAUUCUGUGGCGAUUCCUGAGCCUUUUCUACAAGUAACUGACUUCACUGAGGAUGACAAGACAUUCAAGUUUGAAUCUAUUCGUGUGGAUAGCCCAGUGGUUUUAGUUGUAAACAAGAAAAAACUUGGAAAAUCACAACUUGCUCCAUCUGUUCUCUCUGUCACUGCUAAGAAGGAGUGACAAUGUCAACAAAGAACAUAGACUUAAAAUAUUGUAAAAAGCCAUUUCUUGGUUCUUGCUAUAUUUCCUAUCUAUGUGAUAAGUUCAUUAGAAUAGCCGACUUGCGAAUUACGCAUCAAUAGUCACAUACAAAGGAAUCAAGACGAGGCG